CUAUUUUUAUUGUGAAUUUGGGGAUAUUUAGUUUACGUUUGUUGGUGUCACUAAUAAACUUUUUGUCGUUAUUUAUUAACGUCUUAAGGCCUAUAAAUCAUGAAUUACUUUAUUUGAUUUAAUAUAUAUAUUUUUUAUUUUUUAGUAGUUUUGGAAUAUAAUUCGUGUUUUUCUAAUCAGUUAAACUGGCUAUAUUGUCAUUUGACAGCUUAACCAAACGUCAGUAAUGGAUUUUGAUCUAAGUAAAGAAAAUAUUCAACCCCUUCGUGGGGGCAGGAAUGUACAACAAUUAGGAAUGGCUUUGCAGGCUCAGUCAAAUAGGGAAUAUCAGUUAGAACUUUUACAACAAAAGGAAGAAUUUGACAAUUUAAUCAGAAAUUACGAUGGAGAUGAUCCUUUGGAAAACUACUAUAACUACAUUUCUUGGAUUGAACAAAGCUAUCCAAAACAUGGUCAUGAGGGCAACUUGGUACCAUUAUUAGAGCACUGUCUCAGUUUAUUUGAAAAUGACAAGCGUUAUACUAAUGAUAGAAGGUUUUGUAAACUUUGGAUUAAAUAUUUUGAUCUUCAACAAAAUCCCUUAGAAUUGUACCAUAUGAUGAGGGCAAAAGGUUUAUGUUGCGGUUGUGCAGAUUUGUAUAGAGCUUGGGCUUAUUACUACGAAGCUGUGGGAGAUUUUCAAAGUGCAAAUAAUGUAUUUGAAGAUGGGAAACGUGUUCUAGCUCAACCAUAUGAGGACUUAGAAAAUGCGCAUCAAAAUUUAAUAAUGGCUGCCGGGCAACAUGUUUUAUUUGGAACAGAUGAAAAUCGUUUAAUGGAAAAACGUCAAGCUCUAACUUCACUUCACACUUACAGACCUGGUAGAGUGGGAUCAGUUAGAGUUCCAAGCAGUAAUGGUAUUGUUACCUUACCUUCUAAUAGUACAUCUGCAAGAUCUAAUGCUGUAGUAUCCGUAUAUGAGGACAAAGGAGAAAUAGCAGGGGCAGGAGCUGAAGCGGCUCCUUUAAGUAUAAUUACUGUAGCAAAACGACAAGAAGCACCCAAGGAAAAUACUCUCAAACCAGGACCUUGGACUACAGUACCAGUAAAAAACCGAGUGGUUGGAUCUAAAACUACUCCAGGAUUUACAGUUCUUGAAGAUAUUGACAUUUUGGAAGGUAUUCGACUUCCAGUCAAUCAUCCUAAGGAGAGUUUGGAAGACUAUUCAGAUUGGAGGGUCAGUAUCAAAUAUCCAGAACCACCAAAUCCUGCAAUGAUACCAAUGUACCCAAAGGAUCGUGUAUAUAUAGACCCUAAUACAGAAUAUAGUAUCGAUGAAUUAAGAGCUUCUAGGUAUUUACGAAAUAUUAGCAAUCGGCUUCAAAUUCCACAAUUAGAAACUUGCCAGGCAGUACAGUCAAUUUUGACAGAUCAAGACGUGGAAAUCAUGCAGGAUUCUUUACAUGAGAUUAAAAAUGAAAUAUGCCCCAAUGCAUCAUUAUUCCGUCAAAAUGAGAUUAUUCAUCGAUUGACUCAACAGGAUGAACAUAUACAUUUACAGGAUGAUUUACAUCAGUCGUUACAAGAACAUCAGGUCAAUUCAAGCUUCCAUCAGAAUUCUGUUCAACAUUCUUUACAACAAAAUAAUUUUCCACAGACUUCGAGUGAGCAGCAUUUGUUUUAUCAAGAUAUUAAAGUGGAAGAGCCGGUUCAAACACAAUUUUCUAUUUGGAGUGAAAGCCCUAGUCCUAAAAAGCUUGAUUUGUGGAGUCCACCUAAACCUAAAUGUACUUCUAACCAUUUUGUAGUAUAUGAACAAUCGUUACAAGAUAUUCAUCCACAAAUACAACCUAAAGGUAGUGCAAUGAAAACUGCAUUUAAAGAUUUGAAUGCAGAGGAAUUGGCCGAAACUGGAUCCCGUGGUGGAAUGGACAUAGCGGCCACUGCACAAGCAGCAGACAGUGCUAAACCGAUGCCUUUAUUUAGCGAUAAUAGUUCUUCAUCAUUUGAGGAUAUUAAUUCUGCUAAUCAAGAUCGCUGUCAAGAUUUGGAUAAUAGCUGUAAUACACAAAUGUUUAACUUCAAUUUAAAUGCAAUGAAAGUUAGCACACCACAAAACAAAAGGCCAGUUGUGAGCACUAAUAUUAACGAAGAAGAGAUCGGAAAUACUAGAAAACAACUUUUCAUGGAACCCAAAAUUCAAGAAAGGGAUAAAGCUCUGAGCACCAUAUUAGAAGAAACAAAAAGCUAUGGGUCUACAUCGAGUUCCAGUGGGGCCACUACAAAAUCUUCUAUAUUUAAUAAUCAUACAAAUAAAAUGGGCACUAUAUCAGAGGAACACAAUAGCUACCUAGCACAGAAUUUAAUGGCGAACGCAGCUCUUCGGUCAAGUCUACUAGGAAAUUUUAUGGAUUUUGAGGCACCACAAUCACCACUAGAAGAGAUGACAGCAGCUGAGCCCACCAUGCCUAUGCAGAGUAGCCCUUUUGAGAGUCCUAUUAGACAGAUACCUGCUCCAGCAAUCGUUCAACCUCUAGAUCAGGCUCCAUCGGAUCCCUUUAAAACAAGUCUAAUAAAUCUAUUGUUAGAAAGGGUAGCUUUUCCUGGACCACAUGUGUACGGAUAUAUUAAUCUACACUAUAAUCCUAGGAUCUCCAUUAAGAAGGAGCCUAUUAACAUAGGUAAUGAAAAGUACAUUGUUGAAAAACAAUUAGGCAAGGGUACUUUUGGAACUGUUUUUAAGGCUUUAGACUUGUAUAAAAAUAAAUCUGUUGCUUUAAAAUACCAAAAACCUCCAAACAAAUGGGAAUUCUACAUAUGCAGAGAGUUAUUAGCCAGAUUAGCAGAGCAUCCUCUUCGAGACAAUUUUAUGGAUAUAUCAACGGGAUAUUUUGGUGACCAAGUGUCUGUACUUGUAUCGGAUUACAUGCCAGGAGGAUCUCUACUCGAUCUGGCUAAUACGUAUAAAUUGAAAUCUGGUAAAACGAUGAAGGAAUGCCUCGUUAUAUAUUUCACAGCCCAAAUGUUAAAAAUAGUACAGGCUAUGCAUGAAGUGAAAGUAAUUCAUGCAGAUAUUAAACCAGAUAAUUUUUUAGUUUACGUUUUGCCUAACUAUACAGUUGGCCUCCAAUUAAUAGAUUUUGGAUGCAGUAUCGACAUGACACUUUUUCCUAAUAACGCAACUUUUACGAGAAGGGUCACGACAGAGGAUUUCAUAUGUUGCGAAAUGUUGGAUGGAAGACCAUGGAAUUACCAUACUGAUCUAUUCUGUAUAGCAGCUACAACACAUGUGUUAUUAUUUGAUACGUAUAUUAAGCUACGAAAGCAAGAUGGACUCUGGUCAAUAACCCAGCGCUUCGCUAGAUACAUGAAAGCAGAUUUGUGGAGUAUAUUUUUCAGUGAUCUACUUAAUCAGCAGUCAGGGCUUGCAGACACAACAUGUCUAUUAAAUAUGUUGAAUGAAUCUUUGAAUCAUAAAGAGAAUAAUGUUGAAAUGAGAUAUAUUGUUAAUCUACUUAAAAAUCGAUAGUCGUUUGGCUUGGUAUAGUUUAGAUUAUGAUCAUAAAUUAAAUACUAUUUAUGUAUUUUAUUAUUAGGUUUAGUUAGAUGUAAUUUUUAAAAUAUGAUUAUUUUUACAAUUGUGGCUGUUUUCUUUUUGUUAAAAUUUUGCGAAUGUUAACUAUUGAGUAGUUUCUGUUUCAGGUAGUGUUGUCAUUGCUAAAAUUUUAGAUACUGAAAGGACAAUUUGAACAAAAUGACAAUUACUUGUUAAGACUGUUUUUCGUCUGUUGAACAGCGAAAGUUUAUGAAAUAAAUGGUAACGUUCUGUAUACAUAGUAGUCUUUAAAAGAAAAAGUUAGAACAAUUUAACGAAACUGUAGAAUUUAUAGAAACGAGAAAUAUAUCAUUAUCUCGUAGUCUCCUAACAAAGGUGGACAGUUUCUCAAAAGCAUACAGAAAAUGUAAAAGUAAUCUUAAAUUUAUAUAUAAUUUUUUCUUGUUGAGUUUGUCCUUCGAGUUAAGAAACUCCUUUAAAUAUUAACUUAAUUUCACGUCAGAUUUUCUAGUGGAAAUUAUGUCUAUUCUUGCAGAAGCCAGAUAUGUACUUUCUAUACAGGAUUUCUGAAGUAAACGGGUAACUUUCUUGGAUGAAAAAAAUUACCUUAGUACAGUCCUACUAGUCUAAAAAGUUAUGAGGCCUUAAAAAAGUGCUUGAUUGUUUUAUUUUUUUAAGAAAGCUCUACAGGAAAUAGGCAACCAGCAAUACAUUUUUAUAGA